GAGGAGGAGGAGGCGGUGGCGGCGGCGGCGGCGACGGUGGAAGAGGAGGAGGAGGCGGCGCUGGGGCUGGGAUGUGCCCGGCAGCAGCCCCGCACCGCUGCACUCAGGGCCCAGGCCGGCUGCAGGCAACACCCGUCAUAUUGCAGGCCAAGCCAGAUGGGCAAGCAAUACAAGCUGUGAAUUUAUUCUUGACCCCUGUAAGACAGUGAACACCUUCAUUUUUGUCUUCACCGUACAGAUAUGCACUGCCUAUAAGAUCUUGGAGCACAAGGAAAGAGUUUUAAUGCAAAACAACAGAAAAAAAAGGCUGCAGCAUCUCCUGUGAGAGAGGGGGGAAAAAGGAGAUUUACAAUUGCAUCUUGAAACACUGAUAUGAUUUGAGUUUUUCUUAAACUUUCCAAAAUGCCACAGAACUGGACACCAAAGUCUGUUACCUUGUUCUGACAGUUUAUUGUGAUGGGGCAAGAGGAAAGCACACAACUAUUGAAUUGUGGGAUGAUAAUCUAGCAGGAAUCUGUUGUGUAGAGAGCAACUCUAUCUUACUUUAUUUGAACGAGGAAAGCCAGUGCGGACCUGUGGGCAAUCCAGCAGCUUCUGAAAAGUCUUCAUUCUGAAGGAUAAUCCAGAAUUCCCCAAAGAAGAACAUAGUGAAUGUUAAUCCAGAGGAGUUGUCGGAGAAUCGUGCUCACAGGGAGAUGAUUCCUCAUGAAGUCACUGGACCCCUUGCAGAAAUCAAAUUUUACUUUCCAUUUAUCAGACUGAAAUCAGAGCCAGCCAGACAGUGAAGCAAGCACAGUGGAGGGGGGACGGCAAAAGAUGAAAUCCAACCAAGAGCGGAGCAAUGAAUGCCUGCCACCUAAGAAGAGAGAAAUCCCUGCCACCAGCCUGCCUUCAGAAGUGAAGCCGGUCCUGCCAAAUGAAAACCACCGUGCGGAUAACCUAGCAUGGCUCCCCAGCACAGCCGGUGGCCAGGGCAGCCUGGGGGGCCGUCACCGGCCUGGGGGGCCGUCCUCGGUGGAGGCAGGCUUGCAGCAGGGUUUGCACAAGUCACUGUCUGCAGGACUGGACUAUUCCCCGCCGAGCGCUCCCAGGUCCGUUCCAGCCUCCACGACUCUUCCCACAGUGUACUCGCCCGCCCUCUCCCAGUCAGGGACCUCCGUUUCCCCGGUGCAGUACACGCACCUGCAGCACACCUUCCAGUUCGUCGGGCCACAGUACAGUGGAUCAUACACCGGAUUCAUCCCCUCACAGCUGAUUUCCCCAACAGCCAAUUCUGCGACCAGCGCCGUGGCAGCGGCCACAGCCGUUGCAACCACUCCAUCCCAGCGCUCCCAGCUGGAGGCUUAUUCCACUUUGCUGGCCAGCAUGAGCGGCUUAAGCCAGCAGGGUCACAAAGUUGAACCGCACCUGGUCAGGACACCUGGACUGAUCGCCGCGGGGUCUCCUCCACCCACCCAGCAGAACCAGUACGUCCACAUUUCCAGCUCUUCCCAGAGCACUGUCAGAAAUGUCUCUCCUCCAACCAUCCCAGUCCCCCUGCACUCUCAUCAUACAGUGAUCCCGCACACCAUCACCCUUGGCCCUUCCUCCCAAGUGGUGGUGCAGUACACCGACUCGGGAGGCCACUUUGUCACCAGGGAUCCCCCCAAGAAGCCUGAGAGCAGCCGGCUGCAGGUGAUGCAGGCCAAGGAGGUACUGAAUGGUGAGAUAGAGAAGAGCCGGAGGUACGGCAUUUCACCCUCUGCCGACAUGGGUCUAGUCAAAGCAGGCAAUAAACCAGUUCCCCAUCAUUACGAGACCAGGCAUGUGGUGGUCCACUCGAACCCUGCCGAGUACGGCACACGGGAUUCCUCAGGUGUCCGAGCCUCCGUCAUGGUGGUCCCCAACAGCAGCACACCCACAGCAGACAUGGAGGUGCAGCAGGCCACCAACCGUGAGACCUCUCCCUCAGCCCUCAAUGACAAGGGAAGCUUGCACUUAGGAAAGCCAGCCCACCGGUCCUAUGCCUUGUCUCCACAGCAGGCUCUGGGCCACGAGGGAGUGAAGGCAGUGGCCACGCUGUCCCCUCACACCGUCAUUCAGACCACUCACAGCGCCUCUGAGCAACUCCCUGUCGGGCUGCCGGCGACAGCCUUUUAUGCCGGGACCCAGCCACCGGUGAUUGGCUACCUGAGCGGCCAGCAGCCAGCCAUCGGGUACCCCAGCAGCCUGCCGCAGCACCUGGUGAUCCCUGGCACCCAGUCCCUGCUGAUACCAGUCGGUGGCGCGGAUGUCGAGCCGUCGGGAGUCACGCCUGCGAUCGUCACGUCGUCUCCCCAGUUUGCAGCAGUGCCUCACACGUUCGUCACCACCGCUGUCCCCAAAAGCGAGAACUUCAGUGCGGAGCCCCUCACCACCCAGCCGGCCUACCAAGCCACCAUGGUGCAGGCACAGAUCCACCUGCCUGUGGUGCAGUCCAUCGCUUCUCCCGCCGCCGCGCCUCCCACGCUGCCCCCUUACUUCAUGAAGGGGUCGAUUAUUCAGCUGGCCAAUGGGGAGCUUAAGAAAGUAGAGGACUUGAAAACAGAAGACUUCAUACAGAGCGCGGAAAUAAGCAAUGACCUGAAAAUAGACUCCAGCACUGUGGAGAGGAUUGAAGACAGCCAUAGCCCAGGCAUUGCUGUGAUACAGUUUGCAGUUGGGGAGCAUCGAGCACAGGUCAGCGUGGAAGUCUUGGUAGAAUACCCUUUUUUUGUAUUUGGACAAGGCUGGUCAUCCUGCUGCCCCGAGAGAACCAGCCAGCUCUUUGAUUUGCCAUGCUCCAAACUCUCGGUGGGGGACGUCUGCAUAUCGCUAACGCUCAAGAACCUGAAGAACGGCUCUAUUAAAAAGGGCCAGCCCAUGGACUCAGCUAGUAUCUUGCUGAAGCAUUCAAAGAAUGACAGUCUAGCUGGAAGUAAACACAGGUAUGUGGAGCAAGAAAAUGGGAUUAAUCAGGGAAGUGCUCAGAUGUUAGCUGAGAACGGUGAACUGAAGUUUCCGGACAAAAUAGGAUUGCCUGCAGCACCUUUGCUCACCAAAACAGAACCCAGCAAGCCCCCGGCAACAAGGAAGAGGAGGUGGUCAGCCCCUGAAACACGAAAACUAGAGAAAUCAGAAGAGGAACCACCUUUGACUCUUCCCAAGCCUUCUUUUAUUCCUCAGGAGGUUAAGAUUUGCAUUGAAGGUCGAUCCAACGUAGGAAAGUAAAAGUUGUUCGGGGAAAGGAAAUUAGGCUACCCCUUGUCAUUUUUAUCCAGAUUACUGUACUGUAGACUAAAUAACCCAGUAUUUACAUGUUAUCAUCUUAUUUUAGGUUUAUGUUAUAACCUUGUUGUUAUAGUUGCAGCUGGUAUUAUGCAGGAGACUGGUGCAUAUGUUUUUCCACAAGUGUUUGUCAGUGACUAGGUUUAUCAAAAGCUUCGGAAGGGGCAGUAUCUGCUUCACACACCCUUAGUGGAAAUGAAUGUGUUGUCAUGGCUCCUGUUUUCUAAACCUUGUGUAGGACAGGGUCCAGCUGUGAUUUUUUUUUUCUUUUUUUUUGUUUGUUUGUUUUCUUUUCUUUUUGUUUUGUUGUUUUGGUUCCUGUUCUAGUUAUUGUGGGGGGAGGUGAGGAGAAAGGAGCUGUAGCAGAGGUGUAUGUCACGCGUGGGGUGCAUGCGUGCAGGGGUGCGUGCGGGGGGAGAGUGUGUGUACGCCAGUCCCGAGGAGGGACUGUGGCUUGGUGACGAGUUGCUGAAGAAGUUUCCUCACCCCAGUUGGAUGCUGAGGACACAACCCAUGGGUGUCAUUGGAAAGGAUCAGACCGUCUCUGACGUUUUCAACAACAAGCCAACUUUUACUCAAGGCUCUACAGUAUAUAUAUAUAUAUAUAUUUGUGUGUGUGUAUAUGUAUAUAUAUAUAUUUUUCCCCCAUGGGGUCUGACUGCACUGAUUUUUAUUCCUGAAGCAACUGCCACACCAACAUUUCCUUUCCGCUUGCUAGUGCAGUUCCAUUGCCCGGAGUCAGCAGAUGGAGAGGCUGUAUGGACUCUUGCACCAGUUGCUCUGCAAGGUUUCCCUUCACGGCGGUGGGGUGGGUAGGUGGGUGCAUGCGUGUGGUGUGGGUGUGCGUGGGUGUGCGCGAGGAGGCCUCUGGCUCCGUGGAUGCGCCUGGCUUAGGCUCACUCCUCUUUCUGUGCAGUGUUAGACAAAUCGACUGGAUUAUGCCAUUGACAUUUGCUUCCACAAGGUAGACGCAUACUGCCCCUUUGAGAUCACAGGCAUCCAUUGUUUGCAGUUAGGUUGCAAAUCUUUUGUCAUUAACUCUAGUACUGUUUUUAGUUCAUGAUUAUGGACAACUGGUGCCACUUUUUUUCAAAUUUUGGUGUGACACAGGAAUCCGCUGUUGAAGAUGAACCUAGAAUGUCUUUAAGCACUUAAAAUGCUGUUCACACUUUAAUGCUGAGCAUCCUGGUCUAACACUCAGUAUGUACUGUAUCUCACUUUAAUCUGCUUGGAAAGCAACAACAACAACAACCAACCAACAAACAAAUCUCUUCAACACUGUAACUACAUGCAACUAUGUAAAGUUUUCUCACAAGCAAGAUGCUGAAAGUUUUAAUGUGGUUUCAAAGGGAUGAAUGUGAAUUAUUGAACUAGUAUGUGACAGUCAUUGUCCACAAAGGACUACUUAAUAGGAGGCACUUUUUAAACUUUAAUGCUUGAGAAAGAGUUAAAGGCAUAUGCGAGCUGACAGAUAAUAAGAAAAAAAAAUAAGAGAAAGGAAAAAGGAAAGAGAAAAAAAAAUCGUUGUCCAGUGUUUUUGAAAAAGAUGGACUUUAAAGAAUCUUGCAAUUUGCACAUCUUGAGUUUAUCAUUUGUGUGGUAUUCCUGCAGUUUUACCUAAUAAUGUUGUGGGUUGGGGGGGGAUCUGAAAGAGCAUAAACAAAUGUAGCAAUUACUCACUAACCUGCCUACGCUCUAGGCCGUUUCAUAGGGUUGCGUUCCUUUCAGAGUUCAUUUUUUUGGUCUUUCUACCCUAUCUGCCACACAGAACCAGGUCCUACCGGGACAGCUCUGAGAAUUUUUUCUUCAGACUUACUGAGACAGUUUUCCACAAGAAACAUUUCUAUACGUAAGCAAGGUGUUUGUUUGUUUUGAAAACAAACCUAUUGUUAUUUUAUUAUUAUUAUUUUUUGUUAUUUUAAUCGCAUCCUUUUCCAUUGGAAAGGCGAGAUUUCAAGAGUUUGGUACAAACCAAGUAGGACUGACGGGAGAAGGGAUUCACGCCGUUCAGUCUUUUCUUUCCCCAGGUAGGGCCGGAUCCUUUGAGGUGCUGGGCACCCAGCCUCCUGCACAAGCCUCGGGGAGGCACAAGGAUGAAGUACUUCGGGGCUGAGCGCUAAAGCCUGUUGCUGCCACUAGAAAGAUCCCGUUGAUUUCGGUGGGAUUGCGCUUGGGCCCUAUGCGAGCAAGCGUUCCUGUCGUUGUUUUUGGUUGAUGAGUUCACAUCCUUCAGGUAGUUUUGAAGAAGCUGUACCAAUAGGGAGAAAAGGCAAUGAAAGUCCGUCAUUAGAAAUGCAGUAACCUAAAGUGAACAAAUCUAUUUAAAAUCUUGUUUUCCCUCUCCCCCAAAAUCCAGUGUUUUUAUUUAAGAGAAGAAAUGUUAACCCCAAACCCCAGCUUUGACUCUGUUAUCUGUUACUUGAAAUUUAGCUCACACCAGAACUAAUUGUUUUUAUACCAUAUUCUGGGGUGCACCAAAAAGUUGAAAGACAUUUAAAAUAGCUUGAAACUUUUCUUGAAUUUCCUUGAAUUUUAUUAACCUCUCGGCGGGCUACCAAAUAGCUGAGUGGGUUUCUUCUCACAGUCACACUGCUUAGUUAGUGCUUAUUUGUUAAUAUUUCUGCUCAGAGAAGUCGCUUAAUCUUCCAUAUACUCUGCUCAGGGCACUUGCAAUUUAUUGUUUUGUUUUGUUUCCUGUUUUGUUUUUUUUAAGCUUUGAUGGUAAAGGAAUAGAAAGAAUUACAGAUUUUAGUUCACAGUCGUACCACUAUUUCCGUACUUCACGCAUACUCGGGAAAGAAAAAAGAAUCUCAAUUUAAACCAUACGCAUUUGUGGUUAAUUAAGGAAGCAGGGGCUGUUAAACUGACUGGAUCUAUUCAACUAACACUAAAAAAAAAUAAAAAAUAAUAAUAAUAAUAAAAAUACGUUUGGAGCAAUAGGAAUGUAUUAGUUCUGUGCUUGUAUUUCAGACUGAGGAAUUCUGAAAUAACUGGUUCUUUCCAAACAUUGUCCCUUUCCAUGCUUUGGCUUUUGUAGGAUGUGCAAUACUUUACGUGCCAACUUAGGCUCACCCGUGUGGUGUUAGCUAGAUCUCAUACCCACUUCUGAUUUUCCCUGGUUUUCUUCUUUGUUUCGUUCUUUCUACCUUUUUUUCUCCCUGUUAAUAAUCCCCUCUCCAUCCUCCCACCCACCUCCCUCCCCCCUGAAAUAAAAUCAUAGUAAGGGUCAAGCAUCCUUUGGCCUGGGAAAUACCAACUCCUUUUGUAUUUGAUGUUAAAAAAAGAUCCAGGAAGAAAAAAAAAAAAAAAGGAAAAAAAAAAAAAAGAUGUAUUCAUGUCUGCAUGCGGUCCAGGCAGAGGGUGACACUUGACCGUGUGGCCACCCUCCUCCUGAAUGGCACAUGGGUGAGACCUGGCUCCACUGGGGAGAGAAAAAUCCUCUCUGGGACCAAGUCCUUUGCAAGGAGAGGGGGCAGGGGAGGGCUUUGCCUCUCCCCGCUGGCACCGAGCAUCCCUUGCAGCGAGUCCCUGUACCUGGGAAAGUGCCAUCAGUCCCCAGGGCCACACAAAAGUACCACUCGCAGGCACAGAGGUGCCGAGGCGAGGCCGAAGGGGGAGGUUUAGCCGCUGCUGCUGCGCAGCAUCUGCUUUGCAAUAGUGACUGACAGUAGUUUUCUUCUUUUUGACUUUUUGUUUUCUUUCUUUCUUUUUGUAGCAGACCUGUUUAGUUUACAAUGAAACGCAUACAAUCACCACGAAAUUAGUCAGGGCAAAGAAAAAUAAAACAAGAACCUCUUUAUAGGGAUUUCUAAAGAAAAAAAAAAAACCUAUCUAUCUAUCUGUCUAUCUAUCUAUCUAAUCUAUCUAUAUAUCUAUAUAUAUAAAAUGACUGUUCCUUAUAGUGUUUAACUUAGGCAUUGUUUCAGUUUGUCUGGGCCACAUCAUGGGGAAUUUGAGUUUGAUGUCACUUACCUCGAGUCCUCUGGUUGAGACCCAAAUCGGAGUCGCUGUUAACCUGUUUUACCAUUUCGGACACUGCCCUUGGGCUCGCUUUCCCUUGAAGACGCAAACCUCGGGAGGAGGGGUGGGGGGGACACGCGUUCCUUUUUUUUUAUAUUCCUUUAAUGCCUUCAUCCCGCUGUCACUUCAUUUGACCUGUCGUUCCCGUCAUUUUCUCGGCAUGGGGAAGUGACAUCACUACUCUCGUUUCCCUUAAAUCAAGGAACAUUUAGAAACCUUUCACACCUUUUACUCAGGGAUGGGGCUGGCGUAUGUGUGGUACACUGAUGUGACCAGAAGCAGCACUUUUACUGCUCCGGAGUAGGGAUGUACAAUGUUACAGACGAAGUUUGGAUUUCCUGCAUCUCAUGGUUAAAAUUCUGUAGAUCUCACUUAGAUUGCAAUACAAAAGCAGCAGGCUCAGUGCGAACUGUAGCUGUUGGUUACCAUGAAAAUUCACUCUCUGCAGAGAUUUAUUUUUACUUUUGAAGUGUGUUGCCAAUACUAAAAAGGAGAUGGUGAAAUUCUGUUAAUACUUGCAACUGCUAAAAGAAAAAAACAACCAAACAAAGCCAGCCUGGAUCAAGGAGGGCUAAUCCUCAAUAUUUUUAAACACUAAUAGUGUUAUUGCAAAGAGGGUGGCUCCUGGCGCAGUGCUCCGCGUGUCCUGGGACCCAGUUCUACACAUGCUUACGGGAGGUCCAGGCUGGCUGCCGAAGGCUGCUCAGGAGCUCACUGUGGCGCACAUGUAUAGAUCUUUGUGAAAUUGAAGCUUGGUUCAGUCAGGGCCAGAUCCUGACCUUAAUCAGGCAGCUGGAAAAAUCUUGCAGUUUGUCCAGGUUCACCAGGGUGGAAGCCGUGGGCAGGCAGGGGGGAUUUGGCCCAUUGAAACACUUCUGCUCUCCUAGGAACCUGGAAAAGUGGCAAAUUGGGACAUGCAGUCAUACAAAUAGUUUCCAUUUCUUCCCUCUCCAUCAUCACAGAUAAAAGCAGAGUCUGCUCUGGGCUCUGGCAAGUGCUGAUGUGAAAAGCAAGGGGAUCGAACGCACCACCAGAGUGCAGGCAGUGAUUUCCUUUCCUCUGGUUUACCCAACUCUCCCACCUCCCCAAAAUCCCGACAUGAGAAUCCGUUGAUGCAGAUGCGCAUACGUGCACACACCCCCACACACCCAGGCACAAGUGUCUGUUUGCACACGAAUAAAUAUGUGUGAAUUUUUUUUUAACGCGUAUGCCUACGUGUCCACUCGAUUCCCUGUCCUGAGCACAGCCUUGCUUUGUCUCCAUAGGGAAAUUCCAAACGCGUUGCACACCUCUACUCCAGAGUUCAAUUUCUUUUACAUAGACGACCUCGCUUCAGAUGUGUUACCUUUACUGAUAGGAUCUUUUCUUGUAGCACUAUACCUUGUGGGAAUAUUUUUUGAUGUAAACCUAAUUUGAGAAGCUUAUUAAAAAUAGAAACUUUUUUUGAAGCACUCACAUUGAGGAGUACAGGUAAUGUUUUAAAAAAAAAAAUUGCACAACAGAAAAAUGAAUGUUGGAAUGAUUCAUUCAGUGUUUGAAAAAGAGAUGGCUCUGUUUGAACAGUGAGUUUCAUACCUUGUUUGUAAAAAAAAAAAUAAGUUUUUAAAUACAAAGCAGAGAAAGGUUGAAAGUUACGUGUUUUUUGUAUAUAGAAAAUGUCAUGUCUAGAUGAUCUGAUUUGUAUUGGCUUUGGCCAGGAAGAAUUAUUACUUAAAAGGCUCUUAAAGAACAACUGUGCUUAAUUUUCUGUUCGUAUUACAUGGGUCCCGUUUUUGGGGAAUGGAAUCAUGCUUCACACUGUUUAUUCCUGUGCUGAAAAUACACCUUGGAGCAGCAAUUCUCGAGUGCAGCUACCGGGCGCUUCAAAGGGUGUCUACUGUGCAAAACUAGACUUUCACUCUCCAGCUUUCUUUUGGCUUUAAGUCUCUCCUGCCUGUGCCGAGGGAGCCCCUGGUUUUGAGGGUGGCCUCGGCCGUGCCCCUCAGGUUGCGAGCCGCUGCCAGCUGAGCGCAAGCUGCUUAGUUCCUGCCUGAAGCCUUUCAGUCCCGUUUUUUUCCCCCUCUCUCUGGGAUGCUGUUCCACAUUUUGUCAGCAUUUCCUGUUCCAGAUGAAACCCAAAGAGUACAGCCUUGAGCAAUGAGUGCUCGGCACAAGGGAUCCUAGCCCAGCGCGAGCAGCAGAGCAAUAGCCAAGGCGACCCAGACUCCCAGCCCCUGUCGCUGCCCCCUCUCCUGCACCGCUGCUCUCAGAGCCACCGGAGAGCAGCGAGUCACACAGAACACGUUUCCAGUGAUGGUCUUGACCAAUGGUGAGGCCGAUGUAUUUUAGAAGCCAAAAGGAGAGGAUCCUGAAGAAGGUCCUGAGGAUAGGGUCCUUUUCCUGCCCAAAGUUUGAGCUGGGCAGCUGGGAGCUGACGGCUGGGUGAUAAGGGUGAAGUUUCAGGCUGCUCCCGUCCCCCUCCCCGAAGGUAACCCAAGCUUCGGCUCCCGCAGGCUCAUAGGACAGAAAUACUCGCCCUGCCCAAGUGACCCCUGGGCUCUCAGAAAACCAGCCCCGGUUGUGUUGUAACGAAGUGCAUUCAGCCAACAGGUAGUGUUUAUACAAUAACAGUCUCUAAGGUUUCUGUAGUUGUUUUUUUCUUUCUUGUCGUUAGCUGAAAGGACUCAAGUCUUCCACUGAGGAUUUUAUGGAGGCUUCAUCCAAGGUUGUUUCUUUUUUAUUUGUUUCUGUUUUAAGCGGUCAAAGCUCCUGUGCCCUUUCCCUUGACCACACGGUAGGUUUGCUUUGGAAGUGUUGUUUGCAGCAAGCGUUAGGCACUCGUUGAAGCUGUCGUGGCUGUACUAUGGGAUUGCUGAGGAGCAGAAACUGCAGGGUCCAGACCCUCGGCUGGUGUGGAGCCGGUGUGGGACCUCUGGCUCCCUGGGCAGCGCUGCCCUGCCCCUUCCCAACCAGCCAGCGAGGGGCUCCUGCCCUGGCAUUUGCUUUAAAAACCCAGGACCCACGUACCCUCCCUUUGAACACGCUCUGCAGAACUCCUGUCCAGGUCAGUCGGGUUUGGAUCUGUGUACCUGAGAGCAAAAACGGGCCUGGGGCAGCUGUGGGUGGCUGAGUCCGUGUCUUCUGCCUGGCCAUCGGGCUGGCCUCGCAGCGGAGUUACUAAUGUGUUAAGGCGUAGAUACGACUCUUCCCGACCAUCAGCUAAUGUUGAAACUCACUAAUGUAUGUAUUUGCUCUUUUUUUUUUUUUUAAUUAUUGUUGGAAUAAUAUAUUAAUACUUGUUGAACACUGUUCUUUUCGCAGUGUUACAAAACGGGGGAGGGGGGAAGGGGGUAUUUCCCAACCUUUUUCAGUUCGGAUGAGCUACUGAAAACCAUUUUGUACUAGCUAUGUCACCGCUCCGGCAGCCGGCGGCGGGGCUGGGCUGGGAUGAGGUUCAGCCAUUCUACAGCAGCCGUUUCUAAGGUCUUAUUUCAAUUAUUUUAUUUUAAAUCAUCUGGUAUUACUAAUGAGGGUUGUUGCAAAUCGCACUUCCAGUGUAAUUCCUUAGUGUAGGUCCAGUAAAAGGGAUAUCGCAGCUUUGUGUUGGGGGGGAAUCGAGCUGACAUGGCCAGUACAAAGGAGAAAUAGGGAGGGAAUAACGUUUUGCACCUUAUUGAAAAGAGGAGAAGAUUUUAAGUGCAUACAGACAUAGUUAAGAGCUUUUAUUGUGACAGGAGAACUUUUUUCCAUAUGCGUGCAUACUCUCUGUAAUUCCAGUGUAAAAUAUUGUACUUGCACUAGCUUUUUUAAAACAAAUAUUAAAAAAAAAUGGAAGAAUUCAUAUUCUAUUUUCUAAUGGUGGUGUGUCUAUUUGUAGGAUACACUCGCGUCUGUUUAUUGAAUUUUAUGGUCCCUUUCUUUGAUGGUGCUUGCAGGUUUUCUAGGUAGAAAUUAUUUCAUUAUUAUAAUAAAACAAUGUUUGAUUCAAAAUUUGAACAAAAUUGUUUUAAAGAAAUUGUCUGUAUACCAGUACAAGUUUAUUGUUUCAGUAUACUCGUACUAAUAAAAUAACAGUGCCAAUUGCAAA